AAGAGGAGAAAGGCACAGGCGACUUACUGUACGAGUCCGCGGCUUUCAGACACACCUUACAUAUCGUGUAUCUUUUAUACAUCCAGAGAUACAGUCGAUCCUUUAUUCCUAACGUUUGACGGGGUUUGCUAUAACACCAAAAGCCAGAGGAAGUCGCUCUUCGGCUUCUCUUGGAGCACCGUGCGCCGAGGUGAAUUGAUGUUCAGCUCGGCUUCACGGCAGAACAGCGCUUAUUGGCACAUGAAAACCUCAAGCCCUGCUGGACUGAGACGAACAGAGAGAAGUGGACCAACACCUACUUCGAGGACCUGGAGCCCGAUCGGAGAGGAGAAAUUAAGAACGGAGGAAGCCCAUAAACUUUACUUUUUAUCAACAAAGAGGUGACACCCAGCGUGACAUCAGAAUGGGAGGCGGAGAGAGGUACAACAUUCCAGUGUCCCACCCGGAGCGGAGCGUACCGAAGAAGAACCACCAGCUCAGCGGGGGCAGACAGAGGGGCCGUGACCAGAACGGGCCUGCGGCGCGCAGGGGCGACAAGGGCGCCGGUUGCCCCUGGUCUCCCGAGGCGCGGCAGGCCGUGCCUGUGGAGAAGAACACUGUCCGUUUCGCCACCUACAACCAGAGCUGGGAUCGCGCCGUGUCCCACUUAAACACGCUGCUGGCAUCCCAGUGCAACCAGAACUACGCCGGGGCCAAGUUCAGCGAGCCACCCUCCCCCAGCGUCCUUCCCAAGCCCCCCAGUCACUGGGUGUCCCUCCCCAUGGCCAGCUGUGACCACCGGGAGAUGAUGGCCUUCCAACUUAAGAGUCUUCUCAAGGUGCAGGCCUGAGCAGACUCUGUAUCUGACCUUUAAAUGCUGAUGUGAGGAUGAGCUUCUCUGGGUGAGUCCUGCCCGUCUGCAACAUGGCAGUGCUGCAAUACACAUUGUUUUUAGAUUGAUUUUAAAUUUAAGUGCUGUAGAGGGAGGGUUGAUAUGUUGCUGAGGCGUCUCUUCAACAUGUGCCCCUCACCUUGAUUUUUUUAAAUGGCAGACAUGGUAAGGGGGUAUUGCAGCACUGUAGCCUUGUUGAUGGGGGACUCGCUCAGGGGAGGAUUGCUUCUGUGACUGAUGAUGAACUGGAUUUCCACCAUCUUUGCUCUUUUUGUUUUGUUUUCUUUUUUCUCUGGCCGUCUGUGUGAAAUUCUGAUGAAUUUUCUUCCCAAUCGGGGUUGGGGUGGGGUGGGUGGCGGAUAUCAGUUUUCAAAUCGAACUACUUCCCUUUAGUCCAAAUUAACUAUUUGUGGACAGCCUGGCUUUACUUGGAGUUUUUAAAUAUUUUACUGUGAGGAGAGAGACUCCUUGCAAAAGCACAGCAGUGUGUCUAGUAUUUCUGACAUGAACAGGGCUCAAAAUGUAAUUUCUUUUUUUUUCUCCUUUUUUGGAAACUGAAGCUAUUUGACAAUGUUGUGUGGGGUGAUGAGUUAACUGAAUGUGGAGGAUCUAGCUGUAGUGAGCACAGGUUACACUUUAAACCUCAAACUGACGUCUGAGUCGAGCCUCAGCAUGGCAUGCGGACCUCGCACCUCCAACUCUUGUACUUUUUUUUUAUUGCGCUGUGCGCACUGCACUAUAGGAGUUGUGCUUGUACAAGGUCCGUUGGCUUCCUGUAGUAGCAUAUUCAAAAGUCCACAUUUGCGUUCAGGUUGAUCAGGAGUUAUAUGCAUUAGUAAGCGUGUUUACCAAAGCAAUGUUUUUUUUUCGUUUCGCCAUCAGACUCGGUGACAAGUGCCAUAUAAACCGCGUCGAGUUGAGCAUUAUGGUGAUCGGAGUCCUCUGUGAAGUGUUACGUUUAAGACAUGCAAUCUUUCUUGCAUUCUGUCCCUUCCUCCGCCUCUCUGAAACAGUCAUCAGCAGGUAAUGCGGAAGGGGGCUUAUGCCACGGAGAACAGGAGCGCUGACGUCUGUCUUGUUCCUGGUGGCGUGGCCCUGCUUGCUGUGUGGCUGUUCUGACUGGGUGCAGGGUAAAGCUCAGAGGUGCCUAACGCAGCACAGAGGACUUGGCGUUGGGUGGGAGCCCAUAGUUGUUUACAUAUGAAGGAUCCAAGGCUGGCCUGCCAGUGUGCUCUCCUUCCUCACUGCCUUGGAGCCCUCGCGUUCUCCUAGCACUGCUGUCCCAUCGUGCUCAGAGCUUACAGGCUGCGUCACCCUUUCAACAGGUUGUGUAACUCUUCACUCUCUGACCUAGUUUUGAGCCUUGCACCACAGACCUUUGUUCGGGGUCGUUUCUGUGCAAGUCACAAGCCAUUAUGGCCAUUUAAGGAAAAAAACAAAACAAAGACGAGCAUGCAAGCCUGUUAAAGAGCCAUGUAAAUAAUGAAUUGUAAAACUUGUAGCAUAUGUAUAUUUUGCAGGGCUAUUUUAACCUGCUUGAUAAAGUAUUUUUAGUAAGAACACUGAAUGUACAAGUCAUGCUAAGGACAUGGCUGGAUUUAAAAUGCUGAAGAUUAUUUUUGUUAAAAAAAAAUAGAAAAAAGAUGAGAUUGCAGAAAGCACGUCUCAAUACCCCUGCACUGUGUAGUGUUACCAGUGAUCUUGCACAUAAUGUUUUUUAUUGUUUUGAGACAAGUUUUGUACUAUGUUCAGUGUGAAAAGAUGCUUUAAGUAAAGUUUCAAUGUUAAAGUAAAAAACAAAAACAGAACUGACCCUGAAAAGGGGUUUUACAUGUACAAACAGUGUAUGAAAUGUGUUGUAGCCAUCGCUCUUUUUAUAUGAACUACCAGCCCUUUCAGCUGAUGACUCAUCCAUGCCUAAUCAGUUGGAAAGCUGUUGAUUUCCAGUUUUUAUAGUUUUGAAAGUUUAUUAUAGUUCAGUAGGCAAUAUCUGACCGAAAACCACUUUCAGCGUCUUAACUGUUCUUCCGCCAGUUGAUACUUGAAAUGGGUUUUUGGCCAUGGGUUUCUGUUUCUGUGUAACUAUUUGAUAUUUUGGGUUCUGAGUUCUGAUGUUUUCCUCCUUGUUCAGGUAGAAUGAAGGUGCAGUGUAUGUAUUUGGGUAUUGUUGAACUGUUUGUACAUGUAAAAAUGUCCUUUUCCUAAAUUUGGAACUCCUUUGAGUUUCCAACUCUGAUUGGCUGCUAAUUUGUCCCCUUUGCCUUCUGUCACUAUUAAUAAGAUGUUGAUGUACCCACGAAAGCAUUUGGCGUUUUAAAAGAAUUUUAAAUUCAAAAGCACUAUUAAUUACAAUCGGCUGUUUAAAAAAAAAAUAAAACUUCCCUUUCCCUUCCCCCCCAA